GCUGAGCACGGUCACUAGUGUAGCACGGAGAAAGAAGUAUCCAGGCUCAUCAUGACGCAGUGUUAGAAUGCAUUUUUAGGGAGCCCGGAAAACUUUCAGGUCAGGACGUUGUGUUGUAGCAGCAGGUUUUCACUUUUCCCGAGUUUUUCUUGUCUUGUUUCCGCAUCGGUGUGAUGCCAGCCGGGAUGUUCAGUAUAGACAGUAUCCUCUCUGGACGGCCGAGCUGUAAGGAGCCGCUCCUGCUGCACCGGAGCGGCCCGGUGGUGCUAUCCGCCGGCCUCACGGACUCUAUCUAUACCGACUACAACGGACUGUAUUCAGCCUCAUGUGGACCUUCUCCUCCAGGGGUUCAGUCGGUCAACGGGACCAGGAUCGGAUAUAACAGUUACUACUACGGGCAGCUGCAUGUCCAGGGCACCGGAGCAGGGCCGCCGUGCUGUGGUUCCGUGCCAGGCCUCAGCCCACAGCAGUGCCCUUGCAUCCCGACAGGCUACGACAGUCCGGGCUCAGUACUGAUCUCUCCGGUCCCUCAUCAAAUGAUGUCCUACAUGAACAUGGGCAGCUUGUCGAGGACUGAGCUGCAGCUCCUCAACCAACUGCACUGCCGCAGGAAGCGGCGGCACCGCACCAUCUUUACCGACGAGCAGCUGGAGGCUCUGGAAGGACUCUUCCAAGAGACCAAAUACCCGGACGUCGGCACUCGGGAGCAGCUGGCCCGGAAGGUCCACCUCCGGGAGGAGAAGGUCGAGGUUUGGUUCAAAAACAGACGCGCAAAGUGGAGGAGGCAGAAAAGGUCUUCAUCAGAGGAAUCAGAGAACUCUCAGAAAUGGAACAAAUCGACCAAAACGACCGCGGAGAAAACCGAGGAGAGUAAAAGCGAGGUGGACUCGGACAGCUGAUAAUGAAAGGUCUCUUACACGGCCACAUGUGUGUAUAGAUAUAGUGGAAAGUGAUGUGGACUUGACGACAUGCUGGUGGUGUGAUGAAACGUGUUGCCAUGUUGCACAGUUGUACAUAUCUACAUUUUAUUAUUAAUUCGGUGUCCCGUUAUUUAUAUUUAAUUUAAUUUUUUGUAAUGUUACACGCGCCAGAGCACGUGGCGGUCGAGGGACCGACUGACACGUCUUAGGAUAUCUUAAUGUUCUAUAUGACAUUUGUACUGAAUAUUAAAUGCUGUAAUUCUGUUAAUUUCCCGUAGUAUCAUCAUUCAUUGCGCUCCGCAAGUCGCAGAGGAAAUAUGUGUAAAACAUUCAUGAGCACAACAUCCGCACAGAUAUGUUGAAUUUCUUAUGCCAUUUUAUUUCCAGUGCAGAAAUAGAAACCUGAAUUAAAAGGAGUAGCUCGUCAUUAAACAUAAAUGGAACAUUAUUAAUUUAAUGUCUGAUUUCGUUUGUUUUCUUGAAGGAGGAGAGCCACUGUUUGAUUUUAGUUUGUUCUUAAAUAAUUUAAGUAAGUUAAAACUCAAAAUUGAGGACAGAUCAAGGGGGAAAUAUCCCAGGGUUGUUUAUUCAUCAAAAUAUUGGUUUUGAUAAAUUGACUUUUUUCAAAACUUAGCCUUUUUGUAAGUGGCUCGUAUUAAUGUGGUAUUUACUUGAAUUUAUGGCAGUUGCAAAGACACGCUCUCCUAUUCCGCUUUAGAGUUUCAUCAGACACGCUGCGCUCGUCUUUGUUCGCUGUUAACGUGGUGGGAUUCAAUUUAAACUUUCUUCUAAAACUUCCAACAUUUUGGUUUAACUCAUAACUUAUAUUUAAAAAGCGUUUCGGCAACAGAAUAAUAAAAUAGCUAACUCACAGUCGUGCGCGCGCACACACACACACAUACAUAUAUGUAUAUACAUAUGUAUGUAUGUAUAUACAUAUAUACAUAUAUAUGGCGAAUGUUGUCAUCAGUGCAUGCUCUGUAAUGGACUACCUGCAAAUAUUUAUUCAUCAUUUUUAAUGAUGAGGCAUUUACACGGUCAAAUCUUUGUCAUUUGGCUGGUAAUAAAAUUGCUGUAUGUAUCACA